CAAAACCUUAAAAUUGUGCUCCCGCCCCACUAUCGUCUCUGAACUCAGUCAUUUUGGCUUUUGACCAAUGAAGAGUUUGGCAGGGGAGGGGGCUGGGUAACGGACAUAAAUGUUUUUCUGGAGGCAAAGAUAGACGUUAAGCUGUAAUAAUUUCUCUACAGCUUCCUAUUUCAAUCUGCUGUAAAGACAAGGUGCUAAGCUUUUAUUUAUGGCUUAAUGAGAUACUGUCUUCCCAAUAGCGGAAUAUUACUCACAGGAAGCAAUGAGUUAUUGCUGGUUUUCUUUUCCUUUCUGUUCAGUUACUGUGGAUACAGCAUGUGUUAAGUUUUAGACACACUUCCCUCUUGAACAGUCUUCAUUCGGGUUGCUGAAGCUGCUGAAGCAAAAAGGUUAAAGGAACACAGUUUUUAAAGAACGAUUUGUUUGCUGCUUGAGUUCCCAUUGAUACAAUGAGCUUUCGAGGGAAAGUUUUCAAAAGGGAGCCCAGUGAACUAUGGAGGAAGAGAAGGACUGUUAGGCGAGUAAAUCAAGGGGAAAUUCACAGAUUAAGUUGCCAGGAGAAACCCAAACUUUUGGAGCCCUUGGAUUAUGAAACUGUCAUCACAGAGAUUGAAAGAAAUACUGAGGACAACCCUCUUAAAGAUCUCAUAUUGUUCCCCAAUGAUGACUUUUCAACAGACAUAAUUCCAUGGGAAAUAAGAACUCUGUACCCAUCUGUACCUGAAGAUGCAGAACAAAAUGUAGAAAAUUUAUUUGUUAAAGAGGCUUGUAAAUAUUACAAUUCUCAGUGGCACGUUGUGAACUACAAAUAUGAAAAGUAUUCAGGAGAUUUUCGACAUUUACCACAAAAUGAAUAUAGACCAGAGAAAUUGCCUUCACAUUCCUUUGAAAUUGAUCAUGAAGAUGUUGAUAAAGAUGAAGAUACCACAUCCCACUCGUCUUCAAAAGGUGGCGGCGGUGGUGGAGGAUUUGGAACAGGAAUUUUCAAGUCUGGCUGGCUUUAUAAAGGGAAUUUUAACAGUACUGUAAACAAUAGCAUUACUGUUCGGUCAUUCAAAAAGCGCUACUUCCAGCUGACACAGUUGUCAGAUAACUCAUACAUUAUGAAUUUUUACAAAGAUGAGAAAAUAUCAAAGGAACCAAAGGGAUGUAUAUUUUUGGAUUCCUGUACGGGGGUUGUACAGAAUAACAGGCUUAGGAAGCAUGCCUUUGAGCUGAAAAUGAAUGACCUGACAUACUUUGUGCUGGCAGCUGAAAAUGAGCAGGAUAUGGAUGACUGGAUUUCCACUCUCAACAAAAUCCUGCAAAUAAAUCCGGAGGGGACCAUUCAGGAAAGGAAAAGCGCAGAUCUCACCGAUAUGAAACUUGAUUCUGAAGAAGUUUCGGAGAAUUAUGAUUGCCCACAAGAGGAGACUGAUUCUUCAGAGAACACCUUGCACCCAGACUUUGCAAAAUACAUCGCAGAAACAGAAGAAACCGUGAAAGCUUCUCGAAAUACGGAACGACUAAAUCUGUUCUCCUUAGAUCCUGAUAUAACUGCCUCAAAUCUUCAGAAAAAGGAGUUUCCAGGAACAGAUUCAGUGAUCAAACCAUUUGAGGAAAAGGAUGCAAAGAGGAUCAUGAUAACUUGUAAAUCCCUCAGUUUGAAUCUUCAGGCUUGUGUGACUGAGAAUGAAAAUGAUCCUAUAACCAAUAUUGAGCCUUUUUUUGUGAGCGUGGCUCUGUUUGAUAUCAGGGACAACAGGAAAAUCUCUGCUGAUUUUCAUGUGGAUCUGAACCACACACUUGUUACACAGAUGGUUUUAGGUUCCUCGUCUUCACUGGAAAAUGGCAAUAUUGAAACAAUGGACGCAAGUGAAGCAGAAGAACCACUGGUCAAGGGAUUUCCAGAGACAUGGUUGAAGUAUCCAAAACAGGCUCUUUUCUCCAUAAGUAACCCCCAUUCUGAGAUUGUUUUGGUGGCAAGAAUAGAAAAGGUGCUCAUGGGAAAUAUUGCCAGCAGUGCUGAACCUUACAUUAAGAAUCCAGACUCUAAUAAGUGUGCACAAAAAGUGUUAAAAUCCAACAAACAGUUCUGUGGCAAGCUGGGGAAAUACCGUAUGCCAUUUGCUUGGUCAGUGAGACCAGUGUUUAAGGAUAAUCAGGGAAAUGUUGACAGAGACUCCCGAUUUUCACCUUUGUUCAGGCAAGAAAGUAGCAAGAUUUCAACUGAAGAUUUGAUUAAAUUAAUAGCCGAAUACAGAAGGAAGUACUUCCACAGAGAAGGCAGGAAUGAAGCAACACUUCUCACUUCUGCACCCCUGGGUUUGGAUCUGCUGGAGUCCAGUCACCCUUUGCUGAGGAGACGAGCAGAGAAGAUUAGCAAAAUACAGACCAUACCUGGCAACCUAGACAUUGCAGUAAAUUGUUUCCCUUUGGAACACCCAAAUUGUGUAACAUCAUCUUUUAUCCCAAUCAAGCCAUUUUAUAAUACAGAGGAGCAUCAACCUACGGUGGAAGUGGAAGAAUUUGUACAAGAAUCAACAAAAUAUUCCCGGCCUUAUAGAGUGUAUAAGAACCAAGUAUACAUCUAUCCAAAACAUCUCAAGUACGAUAGCCAAAAAAGCUUCAGCAAGGCGCGAAACAUAACAGUAUGUAUUGAAUUUAAAAGUUCAGAUGAAGAAGGAGCCAAGCCAAUGAAGUGUAUUUAUGGGAAGCCUGGCGGACCAUUAUUUACAACAGCAGCCUACACAGCAGUGCUACAUCAUUCACAGAAUCCUGAUUUCUAUGAUGAGGUGAAAAUUGAGCUUCCCACUCAACUCCAUAAGAAACACCACAUUCUGUUUUCAUUUUAUCAUGUCACCUGUGACAUACAUGCAAAAGCUAAUGCCAAAAAGAAAGAGGCUCUGGAAACACCAGUUGGAUAUGCUUGGCUUCCUUUAUUGAAAGGUGCCCAGUUAGCUUCUCAAGAACAUAACAUUCCAGUGACAACCAGUUUGCCGCCCAGUUACUUAAGCCUUCAAGAUCCUGCAAGUGGAAAGCAGAGUGGAAGUGACAUUAAGUGGGUAGACAAUGGGAAGCUGCUUUUCAAGGUGUCUUCAUUUGUUGUAUCGACUGUAAAUACUCAGGAUCCAUAUCUGAAUAACUUUUUCCAGGACUGCCAAAAAGGAGAAAUGCAUCUCUCCCACCUUUGUACCUCAGACUUUGUCAAGUCCUGUAAGAAUUUACUGAAAAUUGAGAAGAUCCAUGUAAUUAUGAACUUUCUUCCUGUGAUCCUGAAUCAACUCUUUUGGGUUCUGGUAGAAAACGACGUGGAUGAGGUUACCACUGCUGUGACAAGGGUUCUUACUGACAUUGUUGCCAAGUGCCAUGAAGAGCAACUAGAAUACUGUGUCCAUUCUUAUGUAAAGUAUGUGUUCAAGACCAAGUCAUCCGAAGAAAGGACUGUUCAUGAAGAGCUUGCCAAGAAUGUGACUGGUCUUUUGAAAUCAAAUAAUCAAGUAACAGUGAAACACGUUUUAAAGCAUUCCUGGUUUUUCUUUGCAAUUAUCUUAAAAUCAGUGGCACAGCACUUGGUUGAUUCAAACAGAACACAGAUUCCUCGAACUCAGAGACUUCCAGAAUCAUUCCAGACUGAACUAGACACACUGAUAAUGAUCUUGUCCGACCAUGUUGUUUGGAAACACAAAGAUGCUCCUGAAGAAACAAAAAAUGCAAACCACAGCAUUGCCAAAUUUCUUAAGCGCUGUUUUACAUUUAUGGAUCGUGGAUUUGUAUUUAAGAUGGUCAACAACUAUGUAAGCAUGUUCGGCCCAGGAGACCACAAGAUUUUACAUCAGUACAAAUUUGACUUUCUUCAAGAAGUUUGUCACCAUGAACACUUUAUUCCUCUGUGCCUGCCCAUACGAUCUGCAAACAUUCCAGACUCUGUGACAUCUUCAGAAUCAACACAGGAAUAUCACGCAUCAGAUAUUCCAGAAUACACCCUGACCAAUGAAUUUUGCCAUAAACAUUUCUUAAUUGGGUUGCUGCUUCGGGAGGUUGGCUAUGCACUGCAAGAGGACCAGGAUAUUAGGCACUUAGCCUUGGCUGUGCUUAAAAACCUAAUGGCAAAACAUUCAUUUGAUGAUCGAUAUGCAGAUCAGGAUAAACAGGCACAAAUAGCAAAUCUGUACAUGCCUCUCUAUGGCAUGCUUUUGGACAAUCUCCCAAGGAUUUACAUGAAGGAUAUUUUUCUUUUCAAUAUAAAUACAUCCAAUCAGGGAUCUAGGGAUGACUUGAGCACUGCGGGAGGAUUUCAGAGUCAAACAGCAAUGAAAUAUGCAAACUCUGUGGAUACAUCUUUUUCCAAAGAUGUCCUGAACUCUAUAGCAGCCUUUUCAUCAGUAGCUAUCUCUGCAGCAAACCAUGCUGACUCCAGAGCUUCCUUAGCAAGUCUUGAGUCUAACCCAAGUACCAGUGAAAAAAACAGUGAGAGAACUGACACCUGUGAAAAGAUUGUGAGACCUUUGUCUUUGAUUGGAUCAACUCUUCGCUUCGACAAGUUAGAUCAGGCUGAAACUAGAAGCCUUCUUAUGUGUUUCCUUCACAUUAUGAAAACAAUUUCAGAAGAUACAUUGAUUUCCUAUUGGCAGAGAGCUCCAUUCACAGAGAUAACGGACUUUUUCAGCAUUUUAGAGGUUUGCCUGCAAAAUUUCAGAUAUCUAGGAAAACGAAAUAUAGUAAGGAAAAUAGCUGCUGCCUUUAAGUUUGCUCAGGCCACCCAGAAUAAUGGAACACUUAAAGGAUCUAACUCAUCUUGUCAGACAUCUGGUAUACUGUCGCAAUGGAUGCAUUCUACUUCCAGUCAUGAUGGCCACAAACAUCACAGAUCUCAAACGUUACCAAUAAUCCGUGGCAAAAAUGCAUUUUCCAACCCCAAACUCUUGCAAAUGAUAGACAGCAGCAUGGCAAGCGGCUCCAAUGAAACAGACAUUGUACACUACGCAGACACAGAGGCAAAUAUUGCCACAGAGGUUUGCCUCACCAUUCUUGACCUACUGUGUCUUUUCACUCAGAACCACCAGAGACAACUCCAGCAAUCUGAUUGCCAGAAUGCACUGAUGAAAAAGGUCUUUGAUACCUACCUGCUCUUUUUGCAAGUCAACCAGUCGGCAGUAGCCCUCAAGCAUGUCUUUGCUGCCUUGCGGUUGUUUGUGAGCAAGUUUCCUCCAGCAUUUUUUCAAGGGCAAGCAGACAUGUGUGGAUCAUUCUGCUAUGAAAUCCUGAAAUGCUGUAACCAUAGGUCACGGUCAACUCAAACAGAGGCAUCUGCUCUUCUUUAUUUUUUCAUGAGAAAGAACUUUGAAUUUAACAAGCAGAAGUCAAUAGUCAGGUCCCAUCUACAGCUCAUCAAAGCUGUAAGCCAACUGAUCGCAGAUGCAGGGAUAGGUGGAUCUCGGUUUCAGCAUUCACUUGCAAUUAUAAAUAAUUUUGCUAAUGGAGACAAGCAGAUGAAAAACAGUCACUUUCCAGCAGAGGUGAAAGACCUGACCAAACGCAUCAGGACAGUUUUAAUGGCCACAGCGCAGAUGAAGGAACAUGAGAAAGACCCAGAGAUGCUUGUAGACCUGCAGUACAGCCUAGCAAACUCAUAUGCCAGUACACCUGAAUUACGAAGGACUUGGCUUGAAAACAUGGCCAAGAUUCAUGCUAGAAAUGGAGAUUUAUCAGAGGCUGCUAUGUGCUAUAUCCAUAUAGCUGCCCUCAUUGCAGAAUACCUGAAAAGAAAGGGUUACUGGAAAAUGGAAAAGAUUUGUACCUCACGUAUACUCCUGGAAGAUGUUCAAGUCUCUGAUAGUAAUCUGUUACUAACUACUCACAAUGGAGGAAGCUUAUUUUCCAUGGGAUGGCCAGCUUUUUUAAAUAUUACCCCAAACAUUAAAGAAGAAGGAGCUAUGAAAGAAGAUUCUGGAAUGCAAGAUACUCCAUAUAAUGAGAAUAUCCUUGUGAAGCAGCUGGAGUUAUGUGUUGAAUACCUGUGGAAGUCUGAAAGAUAUGAACUGAUUGCUGGAGUUAACAAGCCUAUCAUUGCUGUAUUUGAGAAACAAAGAGAUUUUAAAAGACUGUCAGAUCUGUACUAUGACAUCCAUCGAUCAUAUCUGAAGGUUGCAGAAGUAGUGAAUUCUGAGAAACGUUUGUUCGGGCGAUACUAUCGUGUUGCUUUUUAUGGACAGGCUGUGGGGUUUUUUGAAGAAGAGGAAGGUAAAGAAUAUAUCUAUAAAGAACCCAAGUUAACAGGGCUGUCUGAGAUCUCGCAGAGACUGCUAAAACUUUAUGCAGAUAAGUUUGGAGCAGACAAUGUGAAGAUGAUACAAGAUUCCAACAAGGUCAACCCCAAAGACUUGGAUCCAAAAUACGCCUAUAUCCAGGUCACAUAUGUCACGCCUUUCUUUGACGAGAAGGAGGCUGACGACAGGAAGACCGACUUUGAAAUGCAUCACAACAUCAACCAUUUUGUAUUUGAAACGCCUUUCACGCUGUCAGGAAAAAAACACGGAGGGGUAGAAGAGCAAUGCAAGAGACGCACAAUCCUGACAACCAGUCAUUUCUUUCCGUACGUGAAGAAGCGUAUUCAAGUCAUAAGCCAAACAAGUACAGAACUGAACCCCAUUGAAGUAGCUAUUGAUGAGAUGUCCAGAAAGGUUUCAGAACUUAAACAGCUUUGCACAAUGGAAGAAGUGGACAUGAUUAGACUGCAACUCAAACUUCAAGGAAGUGUUAGCGUCAAGGUAAAUGCAGGACCAAUGGCAUACGCCCGAGCUUUUCUUGAAGAAACAAAUGCUAAGAAAUAUCCUGAUAACCAAGUCAAACUUCUGAAGGAAAUCUUCAGGCAGUUUGCAGAAGCAUGCGGGCAUGCUCUUGAAGUUAACAAACGCCUUAUUAAAGAGGACCAGUUAGAAUAUCAAGAAGAAAUGAAGUCUCAUUAUAAGGAUAUGCUCAGCGAGCUCUCUGAAGUCAUGAAUGAACAGCUCUGUCAUGGUCCAUGCUUAUACAGCUUCUCUUCUUCCCUGUCUAACAUUUCCCUCAAUACUGUAGACAAAAGUGAUUAUGCACAAGGAGGAUCCAGCAAAGCCACAAGGAAUGGAACGAACCUAUUCACGAACCUUCAGUAGAACAAACACAGCCCUGCAAGAGCAGUGAAACCAAAUCCUGACAUUUGACUGAAACAUCUGUGACUUUUUGCAUACCUCUGGAGGACGUUUUUUUUUAAUGUAAAGUGAUCAUGAACAAUACCAUGAAAAUGGAUUGUGCGGUAUGGUUUUAAUUUAUUGGGAGUCUUCACAGUGAUAAUAUUUUUUAAAACUGCUAGCUUGAUUUUUUUUGCCCAACCUUGUAUUUGUACAUUUCCUAUCUUUUUUUGUUUGUUUGUUUGUUUGUUUGUUAUUGAGAAGUCUUUAUUAAGCGAGGCUGAAUAUGAAAUUUCCAUUGAACGCUUAGCUCCACAGCAAGCCCUAAGUUUGCUGUAAAUGAUAAUAUAUCUAAUACUGAGUCCUAGUAUACAUAUAUUUUAAAGGUCAAAAGUGGGUGUUUUAUAACAUUUAAGUAUGUCACAAUUGUAAAUAGAGGAUGUGUAAAAUAUGUCAUUUUUACAAAAUUUAAAAGACUAUCUUUUUAGUUAAUAAUAAGUGUACUAAAAUAUGAAUAACUUUUCAGAUACAAUUAUAUUAAAAUAUUUGUGUAUGUGUACAAAAAAUGGCUAUAAAGAUUUCUCUUUGAAGACAGUUCAUUGGUUUAUAGAAUUAGAGAAUUAUAGAAAUGUAGGAGGGAAAGUCUUUUGGACUAAGUAUCUAGAGCAUCCCUGACAGGUUUUUGUCCAACCUGGUCUCAAAAACCUCGAAUGAUGGAGAUUCUAAAACCUACCUUGGUAAUUUGCUCCAGUGCUUAAUGACCUUACAGUUAGGAAGUUUUUCCUAAUGUCUAACCUAAAUCUCCAUUGCUUCAAUUUAAGGCCUUACUACUUGUCCUAUCCUCAGCGGAUAAGAAGAACAAUGUAUCACCCUCCUCUUUAUAGCAACCUUUACAUACUUGAAGAGUAUUGUCAUGUCCUCUCUCAGCCUUCUCUUCUCCAGACUAAACAAACCCAAUUUUUUUCAAUCUUUCCUCAAAGGUUUUCUAGACCUGUAAUAAUUUUUGUUGAUCUCUUUUGGACUUUCUCCAGUUUGUCCAUGUCUUUCCUGGAAUGUGGUGCCCAGAAUUGGACAUGGUACUCCAGUUGAGGCCUUAUCAGUGCUGAAUAGAGAGGAAGAAGUACUUCUCGUGUCUUGCUUACAACACUCCUGCUAAUACAUCUGAGAAUGAUGGUUGCUUUUUUUGCAACAGUAUUACAUUUUUGACUCAUAUUUAGUUUGUGAUCCACUAUAACCCCCCAGGCUCUUUUCUGCAGUACUCCUUCCCAGGAAGCCAUUUCCCAUUUUGUAUGUGUGCAAUUGAUUAUUUCUUCCUAAUUGUACUUCGCAAUUGUCCUUAUUAAAUUUCAUCCUAUUUAAUUCAGACCAUUUCUCCAGUUUGUCAAGGUCAUUUUGAAUUCUAAUUCUUUCCACAACAGCACUUGCAACCCUUCCCAGCUUGGUAUUGUCUGCAAACUUUGUUAGUGUACUCUCUGUGCCAUUAUCCAAAUCAUUUAUGAAGAUAUUGAAUAGAAGGGGAUCCAGGACAAAUCCCUGUGGGACCCCACUAAAGAUACCCUUCCAGCUUGACAGUGAACUACAGAAAACUGCUCUCUGAGUACGGUUUUCCAACCAGAUGUGCACCCAUCUUAUAAUAGGUUCAUCUAUAGGCUAUAUUUCCCUAGUUUGCUUAUGAGCAGGUCAUGUGAAACAGUAUCAAAAGCCUUACUGAAGUCAAGAUAUAUCACAUCUACUGCUUCCCCCACAUCCACAAGCCUUCUUACUUUGUCAGAGAAGGCUAUUAGGUUGGUUUGAUAUUAUUUGUUCUUGACCAAUCCAUGUUGACUGUUACUUAUCACCUGAUUAUCAUAUAGGUGCUUACAAAUUGAUUGUUUGACUAUUUGUGCCAUUAUCUUUCCAGGUAUUUAGGUUAAGCUGAGUGGUCUAUAAUUCUCUGGGUUAUCCUUGUUCCCCUUUUUUUGAAGAUAUGUAUAGUGUUUGCCCUUUUCCAGUCCUCUGGGAUCUCUCCCAUCCUCCAUGGGAGAAUGGCUAAUGCUAAUGGCUCAGAGAUGUCUUCAGCCAAUUCCUUAAGUAUUCUAGGAUGUAUUUCAUCAGAUCUUGCCAACUUGAAGACAUCUAACUUGUCUAAGUCAUUCUUAACAUGUUCAGAUCCUACCCCAUUUACAUUGGUGUUCACUAUGUUAGUUACCAGACCACUGCAAACCUUUUUGGUGAAAACUGAAACAAAAAAGGCAUUUAAUACUUCGGCCAUUGCUAAAUUUUCUGUUGUUGUCUUUCCUUCCUCAUUGAAUAAUGAACCUACCCUGACCUUGGUCUUCCUCUUGCUUCUAAUGUAUUUGUAAAAUGUUUUCUUGUUAUCCUUUUAUGUCCCUAGCUAGUUUAAUCUUGUUUUGUGCCUCGACCUUUCUAUUUUUAUCUGCAUGUGCUUGUGUUGUUUUUUUUAAUAUUCAUCCUUUGUAAUUUGACUUAGUUUCCACUUUGUUGUAUGACUCUUUUUUGAGUUUCAUGUCCUUGAAGAUCUUCUGAUUAAGCCAGGGUGGUGUCGUCUUAUACUUCCUUUCGUUCCAAAGCAUUGGGAUAGUUUGUUCUUAUGCCCUUAAUAAUAUUUCUUUUAAAAGGUGCCAACUCUCCUGAAUUCUUUUUUUCCCUUAGACUUGCUGCUCACAGGAUCCUACCAAUUCUCUGAGUUUGCUAAAGUCUACCUUCUUGAAGCACAUUGUCUUUUAUUCUGCUGUUUUCCCUCCUACCAUUCCAUAGAAUCAUGAACUCAUGAUCACUUUCGCCCAAGCUGCCUUCCACCUUCAAAUUCUCAACCAGUUCCUCCCUAUUUGUCUUGUCAAAUCUAGAACAGCCUCUCCCCUACUCACUUUCUCUAUCUUCUCUAAUAAAAAAUUGUCUCCAAAUGUAUUCCAAGAACUUUUUGGAUAAUCUGUGCCCUGCUAUAUUAUUUUCCCAAUAGAUGUCUGGGUAGUUGAAGUCUCCCAUCACCACCAAGUCCUGUGCUUUGGAUGAUUAUUUUAGUUGUUUAAAAAAAGUCUCAUCCACCUCUUCUUCCUGGUUACGUGGACUAUAGUAAACCCCUACUUUGACAUCAGCUUUGUUUUUUAUCCCUUUUAUCCUUACCCAGAGACUUUCAACACAUCUGUCUCCCUCUUCUGUCUCUACCUCAGUGCAAGUAUAUACAUCUUUGAUAUACAAGGCAACACCUCCUCCCUUUUUUCCCUGCCUGUCCUUCCUGAACAAGGAUAUAACAAUAUACCAAUAUUCCAGUCAUGUGAAUUAGCCCACCAAGUCUCUGUGAUGCCAGUUAUGUCAUAAUUGUGAUUAUUCACUAGUAUUUCUAGUUUUUCCUGUUUAUUCUCUAUACUUUUUGCAUUAGCAUACAGAUAUCUGGAAUGUUCAUUAUGUUUUCCCUCUAUAUUCCUUCCUGUUUAUCUUUUGUCCCUGCUAUGGUUGCCCAUGUGCCCCCAGUUUCCAACCUUUCACCCAGGACUCUGUAUUCUGGACUUACCUGUGGGCUUUUGUCUCCUACUCCCAUUGAACCUAGUUUACUGCAAUUUCUGUGCUCUCCAAAACAAUGGAAAUGAAAAUGUCAUAUACGUUCAUGAUAUAUUCCAUACAGAUUAUCAAAAUAGACAUUUGCCACAGGUAAUUGGACAUUUCAAGAGAUCUCCAGUUUCCCCCCUCAGAUUCCAAAUUUGGAGCUGGACUAUGGCCUUUAGCUACUGGUCUGUAUUGGGAACAGUGUGGAAUUGGACUAUAUCAUUUUUUAAAUUCCCUAUUGAAUAACUCCUAUACUCUCAUAACAUUCAUCCCUUUGCUCAUAGAUGCUGGGCUGGCGGCCUUUUUUUUUUGUAUUCUUUUAUAUAUUAAUUUGGUUGUUUUCACCCUUCUAUAUAGACUAUCUCCCUGAUUCUCUCAAAUGAUGAGAGAGAAUGCCUCUACCUCUAGAGAAUGCCCUCUCCCUUGCAUGGGUACCUGAGGCCCCCAGGGAAUAGAGUGCAAGAGGUUUGAAAUUGAUCAGUUAUGCUAUGCACAUGAUGUUUCUAAAGAUGUCAUUGGGAUCUUCCUCUCCCCCUCCAACAGUUCUUCUUCUAGUAAUGUCUCUAUGGGAGCUCCACUCCAGGUGUGCUUGUGCCCCCUGUGCCUUUGAUCUAAGGUUUCUCAUAGCAGUGUCCGUUUGGCCCAUGCACAUGUGUUACUCAGCCUCAUGCCCCAUGCUAUUGUUAUGUAGCACUGCACGGGCUAACCAUCCUUUUCAACCAGCCCAGCUUGAGAUGGAUCCUUAGCUAGUUGCCCAAGUGGAGUUUUGCCUCAACUGUGUUCUCUUAGAUUUUGUAGUUAGUGUUAGUAAUAGUUGUAUUCGUUUUUAAAAUAAAACAAAAAAGUGUUAUGUAUAGCUUUUAGAUAGUUCCCCCCAAUCCCUGGGGAGGUUUUGCCCUUUCCAAGGGUAUGCCCGGUUCUCCUGGGUUCAAGCAUUGCUUGUUGUGUUGGGAGGCAAUCCUGAUGAGCCACAGACACUCCCACUGCAUCCAUUGCCUUGGGGAAUCUCAUAUUUCCAAAAAGUGAAACUUAUGUCUGGAGUUCAAAUAUAGCACCAGAAAGAAUAGGGAGAUAAAACUUUGACUCCUUUUGAUGGAGAGCUUGCUGUGUCCAGCUUCUGACCCAAGCCAGGAGCUCCCACCAUACAUCGGUCUCCGAGUAAGUCAGCUGCCUCCUCUAUCUCUGAUCUGCACUCCUCAAGGGUAUCUAAGAGGAAGAUCCAAGCUUCCUUUCAUAAGUCUUCCAAAGACCAUGCCCUGAGUUCUCCAGGUAGGGUAUCUACCUCAAAGAAGUCAAAAUUUUCAGCUCACCUAGAUCCCAUCGGUCUCUGACAUGGUACCCACAAGGCAGCUGGUUCCUUGCAUACUGAGAGCUCCACUAAGCAUAGAAACUCUGAAAUAUCAGGCCCAGAGAAAACAUUGGUAUCAACAGUAGACCACAGCAGCAAGAAGAGCUCUACUAUCUUACCAAAAAAACCCAUUUGGGCUCUGUCCAGAAUACCCCAGAGCAUUCAAAACUCACAGUACCAUUGCAUCCUUCAGCUAUCAUUACUUGAGCUCAAGGCCUGGAUACAGUACCAAAAACAUUUUCAGUAACACAAAAAUUAGUUUUCCCAAGACCUCGCAGCGUCCGAGACUCCUGAUUCACCAUUUCUCAGCUUGGAUCACUUCUCAGUACUGAGAACUGCCAGAUAUCCGGACACCCAUCCAGUACCAAUGAUGGUACAUCAAGCUGCUUCUACUGCCCCACCAUUACCAAGUGACUUAUAGGAGGAGGAUUCUGAUGAAGAUUUUGCCUCAGCCUCACAAAUAUCUGUACAAGGCUCUCCACUCUGCCCCAUGAAAGUUCUUUUCCUGAAGUCCCUGAGGAAUGUGAGCUCACUCCUGACAGAUGUCCACAACUACCAUCCCACUGGGGCAAGCACCUGUGGAUUCCACCGCCCAUGCUGUAUGAACCACCCUCUUGGCCCUACUGGGACCCCUUUGUGGCUUAUCGCCAUCAAUUCUCUAGGGCAGGGGUGGUGAACCUCCAGCCCACGGGUCAGAUCCAGCCCGCUGCUUAAUUUAAACUGGCCCAUGGCAAGUCUCCACACCGUGGGCUGGAAGCCCCAAGCCUCGGUGGCCCUCCCUGGCAGAGGGGCAAUCAGGGAAGCUCUGCAUUCUGCUCCCGCUCCCAGUGCCAGCUCUGCAGCUCCCAUUAGCCAGUAACCGUAGCCAAUGGAAGCUGUGGGGGCAGCACCUACAGGCACGGGCAGCACGCACUGCACAGAGCCCCCUGGCUGCCCCUCCGCCUAGGGGCCAGACAUUCUGGCCACUUCUGGGAGCCAUGCAGAGCCAGGGCAGGCAGGGAGCCUGCCUUAGCCCCGCUGAGCUGCCAACCAGGAGCCAUCUCAGGUAAGCGCCACUUAGCUGGAGCCAAAACCCCCAGCCCCAGGUCGGAACUUUCUGCUGCACCCUAACUCUCUCCAAGACCUCACACCCAUAUCUGCACCCCAACCCCCAGCCCUGAGGUCCCUCCUGCACCCAAACCCCCUCCCAGAUCCUGCACCCCUACUCAUACCCCAACCCCUUGCCCAGUUCGAAACCCCCACACACUCUAAGUCCCACCCAGAGCCCACACCCCCACCUGCACCCCAACCUUCUGCCCCAGGUCGGAACCCUCUCCAACACCCAAACUCCCUCCCAGACCCUGCACCCUUGCCCCAGCCCUGAGCCCCAUCCCGCACUCCAAACCCAUUAGCCCCAGCCUGGAGCCCCCUCCUGCAUCCCAAAGUCCUCUUCCCCCGCCCGACCCCAGAGCCUACACCCCCAGCCAAAAUCCUCACCCCCUCCAAAACCCCAACCCUCUGCUCCAGCCCGGAGCCCACUCCCACACCCUGAAUCCCUCAUUUCUGGCCCCACCUUGGAGCCUAGGGGAAGCCCCAAGCCUCCGUGCCCCACCCCUGGGGGGCUGUGUGUGGUCCUCAACUGAUUUUUUCUGUGAGUGAGUGGCUCCUGUUAGAAAAAAGAUUCUCCACCCCUACUCUAGAGCCUUGAGCUCUGCCCUUCAUAGAGAUAGACAACCCUCCGCACCCUCCCUGUCCAGGAGACCAGAUCCUCAGGAAGAGACCUUUGAGGAACAGGAGGCCAGAGCUGAGGAGGUCUCUAGAUUUGCACAGUAGUGUGAUCUCAAACACAUUGCACCAACAACCUCAUCAUUACAAGGUGUACUGGACUACAUUCUAGAACUAAAGAGUUUAGGAUUAUUGCUGAGCUCCAUUACAAUUCAUCUGGCAGCCAUCAUGGCCUUCCAUUCUCCAACAGAUGGUUACCCUGUAUUUGCCCACUAAGCAAGGUUCCUCAAGGGCCUCAAUAACCUUUUUCCACCAGUUAAACACCCUACUCCAAUUUGGGUCCUCAAUUUGGUCCUUAAAUGCCUUACAAGACCACCAUUUAGACCUAUGGCUGCCUGCUCACUCUUCCAUUUAUUGGUUGCUAUCAUGUUAGCUUGAUGAAUGGGGAAAAUAGAGGUUCUUAUGGCAUACCCUUUAUUCACGAUAUUUUUCAGAAACAAGGUUACAUGACCACACCCCAAGUUUUUGCCAAAAGUGCAUUUUCAUUUCCAUAUUAAUCAACCCAUUCUGCUCUCCAUCUUCCACCCUAAACCUCACCGGGCUAAGGGGGAGACGUUGUUCCACACACUUGAUGUCAGGAGAGUCCUGGCUUUCUACCUUGAUAGGACUAAACCUUUCACGAAGACUCCCAGAUUGUGUGUGUCAGUCGCAGACAGAACAAAAGGAGCUUCAAUCUCUAAGCAAAGGCUCUCUAGGUGGAUAACUGGCUGCAUUAGUAGCUGCUACCAAUCUCAUAAUCUCAAAGCACCCACUGACAUACAAGAUCACUCCAUGAGAUCUAUCGCCACCUCCACCGCCUUUCUUAAGAACGUUCUUAUAACUGAAAUAUGUAAAGACAACAUGGGCUUAUAUGCAUACAUUCGCUGAACAUUAUGCAAUAAUUCGCAACUCUGCUUCUGAUACUGUGUUUGGCUCAGCUGUACUUUCUUCCAUUCUGGACCAAACUCCGAAGCUCCCUCCUCUUUAAAGGGGAACUGCUUGGUAAUCAGGUAGAGUGGACCACCCAUAGGGACACUAAUAGAAGAAGAUAUGAUUACUCACACUGUGCAGUAACUGUGGUUCUUUUAAAUGUGUGUCCCUAUCUGUGCACCACUGCCUGCCCUCCUUUUCUGCUUCGGAGUUCUCUGUCAUGGGGCUUCAUGGUAGAGAAGGAACAGUAUUAUAUAGCAAUAGCAUAUGGCACAAGGCUGAGAGACAUCCAUGCGUGGGCUUACUGGACAUUGCUAUGAGAAAUCUCCUAUUGAAAUCGCAGGGAGCGCAAGCGCACCUAGAGUGGAGCACCCAUGAGGGACACAUCUUGAAGAACCACACUUACAGCACAGGGUGUGUAACCAUUUCAUCCUUCUGCCCCACAAACAUGUCUGAGUCCAGAACUGCUUCCUUGGGGUUACUGAGAUUAUAAAGGACUGCAACUUAGUGCUGCUGGGAGUAAUGGGGUGGUUUCUACGCUCCUGUAGACACAAAGUCCUAGAUCCCUGGGGAUGGGGUGAAAGAGGUCCUCAGCUAGUCUACUCCUUCUGCCUUCUGGUACUGCUGGCACUGGUGGCUACUGCUGCUGACUCUUUCCUUCCUGGGAAAUUUGGCAGAGACCCGCCCCGUAUGGUACUCCUGAGUGGGGUGUGGGAAGGAGCACCUGGGACUACAUGCCCCAAUAAGCCCUGAUUCUGCUAUGACCUCAUGCAGAUGGGCCGCUGCACCUAUACAAAUCUUCUGUGAAGUCAGUGAAACUCUGGCAGGGGGAGGUGAGGGGUGCAGGGAACUUCUCUGCGCAGGUUUGCUGAGGAUUAGGGCCUAAGUCUUUUACUGUGGGUGAGGUCAAUUUACAUUUCACAUAGAGGAAAAAAUAAUUUGCUCUGAUUCAGACCCCACUGCAUUUGUUUUGUUUUUAAUUCAGAACUUCUGAAAGUAAUAACAGAAGACAACGUCAUGCCCGAUAUUUGAAUAAGUGUUUCCAAAUUAAAUACUACUUCAGUUCUUACCCUGGUUUUCAUCUCUAUUAUUACAAGGGCAUUUCCAUUCAUAGGAUUUUUGUUUUAACUAGAUAUAGCAACUUUGGCAAAUUGAAGGCUGACUGAUGUGGGAUUGUGCAGCUGCACCGUGCACAGAGCUAAUUUCUUCUCCAUUUGUGUGAUGACAGCGUUAGCUCAUGACUGUAAUUAUAGAUAAUUGCUCAACCUUCCACCUCUAUAAUACACUGCACUGAGUGACGUGCUUCUCUGUGAUGAAAAUCAGGGUGUAUCUUCUUAUCAGCUUCAGCCACAUCAUCAAAUGAACAGACAUUUGUGUUUCUAGUUUGCUCAGCUCUGCCCUUCAGUUUCUACCCUGUUGGAAUUCAGUAGGUUUACUGAAAAGAAUAAAUCCUAGCUCAAAUGUUCAUGUUUUUACACAGUUUAUAUUAUACGUAAUAAUACAAUAAUAUUAAAUUGCACAGUGAUCUGGUCUAAUGGAAUUAGUGAUUAGUCCAUAAGAAUUGGCAUAAACAGUGCCUAUAGAAUGAGUCCUUGACCAUUGAUCAGAUAACAGAAUCAGCUACCCUUGUUGUAACUUCAGUAUAAGAGGUCAAAUAAAUUUGUCAUCCGGCUCCAUUACCCUCACUGAUUUUACACCAGCCAUUAAUUUCGUCCUUUGUGUUUAUCAAGAUUCAUGUUUUAUGGGUGAGGUUUUCAAAGCCACCAAGGUGAUUUGGACAAACCCAAUUCCUAUUCAUAUGAAUGGGAAAUGAAUGUCUAAACCCCCUUUGCAUCUUUGAAAAUCCCAUUCUAUAUUUUCGGUAGUGUGGUGUUCACCCAGGGAAUGCUGUAAAUUGUUGACUGCCUUAUCUCAAAAUAAAGGUGUUUUCUGAAAAAUGUA